ACCGGAGCCUAAUAAGAAAACUAAUUAAAUGAUAAUUAUAAUAUAAUUAAAAAAUUUAAAUGAAAAAAGAAAAUAAAUGCGUAUAAAACCAAAAGCAUAUAUCCGGAACGCAGACGGAAUUUAUCACAACGUUGAAGACGUAUCUAAAGAAAUGACAAACAUGUUUCCCCAGCAGUACUGUUUGAGGUGGAAGUACCACCAUAGCAAUCUCCAGACAAUGUUCUCACAGCUGUUGGAGAGGCAGGCUUACUGUGACGUCACUCUUGCCUGCGAGGGACAAACUCUUCGUGCGCAUAAGGUGGUGUUAAGUGCUUGCAGUACAUAUUUUGACACAAUAUUAUCACAAUAUGAAGAAAAAGAUCCAAUAGUAAUAAUGCGAGAUGUUAAAUUUUCCGACAUUAAAGUUCUUGUUGAAUUUAUGUACAAAGGAGAAAUUAAUAUUGAUCACACGAGACUGUCAUCACUGCUGAAGACUGCCGAAGACCUGCACAUAAAAGGGCUAGCGGAAGUCAGUUGGCGAAGUGAUGCUGCCCAAAAUGACUCGAACAACAGCGGACACAGUCCCGGGAGUGGAAGCGGAGCCAGCGGAAUCGGGGGCAGCGGCGGUGGUGGAGGCGGAGGAGGAAGCACUGGGACCCCUGGGGUCGAGACUGUUCUCAGAGAAGGCGACCUUGAUGACACACCUCCACCCCACAAGCAGAGACGUAGGGGCCGGCCGCCCUUAGAUGAUCCUCCGUCUCAGCACGACGUCUUUACCCCCAAAGUUUCCUGUAUUACCGGCAGCGGAAAUGAAGAAAUGAUGAGCGAAGGUGACCAUGAAAGUUGGGAUGAUGAAACUAUGAUGACUGACAAUGAGCCCGUACAAAAUAUAUCGUAUCUUUCAAAAGAAGAGAACGCUAAUGAAGAUAAAAAACCAAAUAUAGCGACAAAUUCAAAUGCAACAAAUCCAGCGGUUCCAGAACAAUUCCGAGAUGUAAUAAAAAUGAAUGACUAUUUAACAACCGGUAGGCGGCAGGAGUUCUGGGAGGAACCCUUUACACGUCGAGUGAUGGACGCGAUUAAGAGUAAGGAAUUAGAGAUGAAGACUGCUGCUGAGAUUCUCGGCGUAUCUUACGGAACUUUAUACGGAAGAUAUCGUGACAGCUAUGGUUGUCUCAAGCAUCCAUACAGAGUCCGAGACUUUUGGUCCGAGCCAGGGCCUGCGGACGUCUUAGCGAAGCUUCGCCGCAAAGAGAUAACUUUAUUCCGAGCAGCGGAGUUCCUGAACGUGACCGUCCACACCUUAGCGACGUACUUGUCGACGCUCCAAGGCCCGGACCGGAUUUCCCUGGCGGGAGAAUUGAACGCAAGUGUCCUGGACAGCGUGAACGACUCGGAGGACAUUAACGACAUCGUCCAGAAGUACAACGCGGAGAAGAUCUCCUCGACCCCGGCGUCUCCAACACUGCCUCCGUCUCUCUCCCUGUCGUCGAAGCGCAGCAGCAGUAGCAGCGCCGAGCUCGUCAGCAGCCUCGUGGACGUCAGUAUCAAGGCCAGCGCCGCAGUCCUCGAGAACAACCCGGACAUCACUAUUGUUAAGACUGAGAGCCUCCAGGGGUCCUCUCGCAAGCGGGAGCACGCCAAAAGCGCCACCUCUACGACAGUAACCGCACUAGCCGCUAACUCUGAGAACAACAACGCUAAACUUAUGAGUGGUGGCGGGUGCAUCAGUGAGUCCUCUUCCGCUCAUAAGUUGAAUGAUCAGCUCUCGCUUAAUAAUGAUCACAAACCCUAACUGUUCAGGCCUUAUUUAAUUAUUAAUAAUAAUAAUAAUAAUAAUAAUGAUAAUAUUGAUAAUAAUAAUUAUUAUUAUGAUAUCAAUCAACAAUUUAAUAUUAACAAUUAUAAUAAUGUUUAUUUAAAUGACUAUUUUAAUGAUAAUGCUAGAAAUAAUAAUAAUAAUAAUAAUAAUCGUAUGCAAUUUAAUCAACGUAAAUUGUCACGUAAAUUGGUUAGAUUUCUAACGAAUUUCCGUACGAACUGAUAAUAUUUAUAUAAAUAUUUUUUAAUUUUUUUUUUAUAUACAGAAAGAACAAGAUUAUACUGGAUAUCAUCCCAGAUUAUACUGAGUAUAAUCCAGAUUAUAAUUAGUAUAAUCCAGAUAUCACUGAUUAUAAUCUGAGAUACUAUCCAGUGUAAUCUUGUACUUUCCGUGUA